AGAGAGGCCAUCGUCCGCAGUGGACCAGCCAGGCUAGCACCAUGACGGCGGCGGGAAUGUGGAUGUUGGCGGUCACGCUGACUAUGGUGGUUAUGGGCUCCGAGGAGGUGUCAUCCGCCUUCAACAAGGACCUCCCCUUUCGAAUGAGGCAGCUGAAGAAUGACAGUAUCGUCGUGCCAGAACACAGUUCCGUGCAGUCGAGGCUGCGCUGGGUGAAGACUCGGAUAAUCAGCAACGAGGCCUGUGAGGCGGCGUUUAAUAGCAACGUGGUCAUCCGGUCCACACUCUGCAGCAUGCCCUUGGAUCCCUCCUCGUCCAACGGAACGUUGUGCAACGGAGACAGCGGCGGGCCACUGCUGGACGUGUCCACGGGCCGGCAGAUCGGCAUCAACAGUUUCGUGUCCAUCGACGGGUGCGAGGUGGGCAAGCCCAGCGGGUACGCUCGCGUGCCCUGCUUCGUCGACUGGAUCAACUACGUCACGUCGCUUUAA